UUUUUCUGUUCGACAGAUGGUUUGUUAACGGGUCUCACCUAAUUUCUCACUCAUAUUUAGGAAACUUCGUUUAAUGAGCUCAUGAGAAGUCUACCAUCGUAAGGCUGUAGGAUGCCUGUGGAAAGGACGGAGCAGCGCGGAGCCGACGAACUCCACAAAUACUAUGAGGUUCAUGAGACUAUUGGCUCAGGAGGCUUUGCUAAAGUCAAGCUGGGUCGACACAUCCUGACAGGGGAGAAGGUUGCCAUUAAAGUCAUGAAUAAAAAAGAUCUAGGGGAUGACCUACCUCGUGUCAAGGUGGAGAUUGAGGCCAUGAAGAACCUGAGUCAUCAGCAUGUUUGUCGUCUCUACCAGGUCAUAGAGACCUCCACCCAUAUCUUCAUGGUACUGGAGUACUGCCCUGGUGGGGAGUUGUUUGAUUACAUCAUAGCAAAGGACCGUCUGUCAGAAGAGGAGACCAGGGUGUUUUUCAGACAGAUUGUGUCUGCAAUGGCCUAUGUCCACAGCCAAGGAUACGCACAUCGAGAUCUAAAACCGGAAAACUUGUUGAUUGAUGAAGACCACAACUUGAAGCUCAUAGACUUUGGCUUGUGUGCCAAACCUAAGGGAGGUCUGGGUUAUGAGCUCAUGACAUGUUGUGGGAGCCCUGCAUAUGCUGCUCCUGAGCUCAUCCAGGGAAAAGCAUAUAUUGGGUCAGAGGCUGAUGUGUGGAGUAUGGGAGUGCUGCUGUACGCUCUGCUCUGUGGAUACCUGCCCUUUGAUGAUGAUAACUGCAUGGCCCUCUUCAGGAAGAUUGCAAGAGGUACCUAUGACAACCCACACUGGCUUUCUCCAGGUAGUAUCCUCCUCCUCAAUCAGAUGAUGCAGGUGGACCCCAAGCGGCGUCUUACUGUUCGGCAGCUGCUGGACCAUCCCUGGGUGAUGAAAGACUACAACAGUCCCGUGGAGUGGUACAGCAAACAGCCGCUUGGCUAUAUAGAUGAGGAUUGUAUCACUGAGAUGGCUGUCAACAUGAAACGAUCUAGGAACAGCACCACAGCACUGGUCAAUGAGUGGCGGUAUGACCACACCUCCGCCACCUACCUGCUGCUGCUGUCAAAGAAGCAGAGGGGAAAGCCUGUCCGCCUGCGCCCUGAGCCAGCUGUCUGUGAGGACUUGUGCUCUCCUCUGCAUCAGGGACUACAGACUAAGGAAGCCCUUCAUUUCAGUGAGGAUGAAGAUGCUGUGAUUGUGGGAUCUCUUGACUUUGGCUCAGACUACAUUGAUGAUUGCCCAUGGGAUUCAGUCACACAACAUACACCCGUGGGGGUCAGAGGUUGGCUAGAUGGAGUUUCAAGCAACAAAGAUACGAGACUAGUAUCUCCAUCAGUGCAGAACAGAUGUGCUUAUAGCCAAACCCCAGAGAGGGGGCGAACGACAUCGUACCACCAGGAGAGGAGGGACCAUGAACAAGCCAGUGAAAACAAGGAGAAUCUUGCUGUUCAGGAGAAAGAUGUUGACAUUUUUGUGUUGCCACAUCCUCGAACUCCAGCUUCCUGUAAGAAGGAUGCACGUCCCAACAAGAAUGUGUUGACCACCCCCAAUCAAAAUGUUAAAGUCCAUGGCAGCAAAGCCAGUGCAGUCACACCUAAAGGUGGAGGCAGCACUUCUAAAGAGCAUAGUAAAAAGAGAGCAGUAGAGAACAAAGAGCCUGCAAACACUGAAAUCUUGGCCUUCAGUCCUGAGAGAAGGUCUCGGUCUUUGGACAUGGCUGUUACAGGAGACAGCGGGAAGAAAAAGAGAAGCGGGAAGAUGUUUGGCUCCCUGGAGAGAGGCCUGGACAAGGUGAUCACCAUGCUCACCCCAAGUAAGAGACGAGCCCUACGUGAUGGCCCACGCAAGAUCAAGGCACAAUACAAUGUGACUUUGACCAGUCAAACCAACCCAGACCAGGUCCUUAACCAGAUCCUCUCUAUCCUGCCAGAGAAAAGUGUUGACUUUACUCUGAAAGGAUAUACCCUUAAGUGUCGAACCUGGGGCGACUUUGGCAAGGUAACCCUGGCGUUUGAGCUAGAGGUGUGCCUGCUGCAGAGACCAGAGGUCGUCGGGGUUCGCCGCAAGAGGCUGAAGGGAGAUGCCUGGGUCUAUAAGCACCUGGUGGAAGACAUCCUCUCUACAUCCAGUCUCUAAAUAAUGCAUUUUCUUGGAAAUGUUACUUUCUGUUCCCACAUCACUGGCCUUUCGGUUAGUGUUUGAUCCCAAGACUCGGGAGGAGAUUCUGAGGAAAGUGGUUUUUCUUCUUACCUUAAUCUGAACCUAAACUUCGCUCUAACCAGUCAUGUCUUUAUUAGGCUUAACAUAACCUCAGCCUAACCCUGACAGGAUACCUCUAACCUGGUGUAAUGCAAUGCCUCUUUCUGCAUCCAGGAGUAAAGGAUCACUUUUUAUCAACUGAUGCACAGAUCUUAGCAUUAACGGUCUUUACCCUUAUUAUUCUUUAUAGAUUUUUAAAAAUGUUACUGAUUUACUGUCAUUGUUUUCAUGUAUUUAUGUUUUUAUGUAUGUGUUUAUAACUCUGCUAUAAUGUUUACAUGAGUGUCUGCUUUUAUUUAAUGAUGCUUACUGGUUUUCACUGU